AUGUUCAGGACUUGGGCUCGGCAGUGUCCCCCGGGGAGUGUCCCCCCGGGGAGUGUCCCCAGCAAAGAGCUCUCGAGGGCAAACGACCAAAAACCACGACGACGACGACCAACCACGACCAUCAGCAGCAGCAGCAGCAUGGCUUCCGUCCUGGACUUUGCUCGGAAAAACCUCGGACUUGCUCCCGACCCCAAACUCAACUUCCGUGCCACCACCCUGGCCCAGCUGCAUGGCGCCGGAAGACCGAUCCCAGCCAGCGACAGCACAUACUGGGCAAACUACUACACCCUCUUCGACUUCCCCUCAGACGUCCCCACGCUCAUCUCGCUCGGCGAACUGCGCAAGGCGAUCAGACAGCAGCCCCAGAACAUCGUCACCCUCACCAGCCUGCUCAUCACCAAGCUCGACACUCUUGUCCACUCAGAGGCAACCCGCAAAACACUCGCCGAGCGAGAAGCCCCCGACGAACGCACCCGAGCCGACCAUAAAACCCACAACAACAACAACAACAACAACCAGCAUCCAUCCAACAAUAACAACUCAUUCACUAAUCAACUCAAAGGAUUCAGCCAGAAAGUACCCAGCACGCUCCUCAACGGCGCCGCAGAUAUCGUCGGCGUCGGGGGCUCGAAUAACAAGCUUCCCAAGGGCCCGCUCAGGGAGAUCCUCAACUGCGUCAGAGUCCUGACCAGGAUCUUGCCCCUGCUGAUCGAGGAAGCCUCGACAAUCGACUCCACCACGCCCACCACAACAUCCUUCUCUCCUCCCGGCGACUCUCCAACCAACCCGGCAACAAAAUCACAUAGUGAUAAGCUUUAUUGGAUCAAUAAUCUCCUCUGGGGCACCGUCCAAGCAGACUCAGCCACAAAGGAGGAGGAUGAUCUGGUCAACAUCCAGAAUCAGGCUGCCCAGUUUGUGCUCGACGAAGACGAAGAGGAGGACCAGGACUCGUCAGAAACCGUGAAGCUGGUCCCCGAAAAUAAACCACCACCACCACCACCACCACCGAACCACCAGCGUGCCUCAACAGCUCACCCUCCCCUGCUCGUCACCCUCAUCGACACCAUCCUCGACCUACUCUUCCUCCCGGGAGUCUGUGUGCCAGCGGGCACGAGCCAGGGUGCGGCGGGGGCGAGUCGGUAUCCGAUCUGGACGGGGGGGAUCGGCUCGUCGCAGAUGCCACUGGACCAUUCGCAGGCGCACAACGCGGCGAAGGUGGAGGUGCUGAGGCUGCUGCUCUCGGUGCUCUCCAAGCCGCUCUACUCGCCGCCCCAUCUGUACUCGACGGGAGGCGGGAUGACGGUCCGGGAGCUCCUGGGCCACCCGUCCGACGCGCCGCUCGACCGGGUCCGGGCCGUCUGUCUCGACGCGCCCAACCCCGCCCUCACUUACCUCUGCACCAGCCCCGCUAAGCCUCUCCUCCUCGCCCUCCUCUGCAGCCUCCUCAACACCGCCCUUGCCCCCGCUAAGAACAACUUUAGCAGCCCCGCAAGCGCCUUCAACACCCUCGCUACCGGGCUCGGCAGGAUCACACAGGGCAAGAUCGGCAUCGGCCCCGACCGGAGCUCCGACUCUGCUCCUCCCCCCGAAUCCUCCGCUUCAACCCCCACCCGCAGACCCAGCUUGACCCCUCAGAAUAGUGGCGGCGGAAGCAGUGCUGCGAGCCACUAUGGCGGCGCAAGCUCCGCCGGGAUCUCCCACGACCUUCCGGGAUGGUGUGCGGCCGUAUUGAGCGUGCUUCUCCUGCCCGAGCCGGCCGCAAACAACUCGACGACGACGACGACGACGACGGGUCGGACAGAGACGGCGGCCAAGGAAGCCGCAGAGAAGCCGGCGGGCUCAUCGGCGGAGACGAACGGGUUCCGGGUCUAUCUCUCGAAGAUCCAUCGGCCAGCCGACCUGAGUUUCCUGGCCGACAACCUGAUGGUCAUCCUGAUGAAGCCGAUGACGAUGACCUCGCAGCUUCUGAGUGCCGACUCGGUGAUCGGCUCGAGCGCGUUACUGGGCGGCCCGUUCGUGAGCUACGACUGCGGGCUCACCGAGGCCAUGGUACUUCUCCAUCUGGCCCUGGACUGCAAUCCUCGACUGAUCAGCCACCUCGUCAGCUCGGGAAAGAUCGCCCAGCUCUUCGUCGCGCUCACGUUUAUCUGUCUCGAGCAGAAGGACAGCCCUAAGCCCAAGCCCGGGCUCGUCAAGCUUUGUGCAAUCACCCUCCAGCUCCUUUCCGCCCAUGACCGUAAGGAACUCAGCCUGGUCGUCAACUCUAAGGUCGACCUCCCCGUUGCAAUCCGCGCCCAAUACUCCGUCCCCGGCACCCUCGCCGACUUCCUCAUCGUCUCCAUCUGCUCCUUCAUCUUCUCCACCGCCCAGCUCGCUUCCUCCAAUACUAGCACUCCCCUCGACGUCGACGGCGGCGCAGAUGCUCAUCUCAACGCUACUUACUCCUCCCUCGUCUUGGUAAUCACUAACCUGAGCCCCUUCCUUAAAGACCUUAGCCCCGCGGCGUCGUCACGACUCGGUCAGCUCUUCUUGUUCUUCUCCUCCCCCGGAUUCCUGCUGAGGGAGGACGGAAACGUCAAGCUACUCUAUUACGUGCUCGAAAUCUUCAACAAUAUUAUUCAUUACCAGAUGCCGGAUAACCCCCAUCUGAUCUAUUCGAUCAUCAAAGUCCACCAACGCUUCGAAAGCCUAGCAACGUUUACGUUGAAGGAAGGGAUGAAGGAGAUCGAGCGGGUGAAGCAACGGCGGCGCCAGGCGAGCCAGCGGAAGCCGACGCGGGACGGGCGGCGGAUGUCGGGGGAGCUUGCUCGUGGGGGUAGCUCGGUGGGCGGGAUGAGUGGGGAAGGAAUGGACGAGGGGUCCGUGACGGGCUCGAAGAUCUUCGAUGUGGACGAGGAUGUGGAGGAAGAGGAGGGAGGGACGAGGGACGCUGUAGGUGGAGGAGGACGACGGCUGCCGGAUAAGGGCAAGGGCAGGAUGCAAGACCCGCUCCUCGCCCCGCCCAUCGGCUCCUCCUCCUCCGCCCUCUCCGACUCCGACGACCGCUUCCAUCUCGUGGGCUCGGUCGUCGGCGGAGGCCACGCCGGCUCGAGCACCGCUAGCUUCGACCGCGCCUCCUCCGCACCCAACGACGACAAUUGGGCCCAUGUCCGCCUUCCCCCCUCUGAUCGACAACACGAGCCCACAAACGCUCCUCCUCCUCAGCCUUCUUUGUCGCCCGCCGCCGUUGGCAGGAACGGGUUCGUGCCGUCUGAGGCUUGGGUCGCUUCGUGGAGAGAUAGUUUACCGUUGGAUACUAUCCAGAUCAUGUUGAGUGAACUGAAGCCCAAAGUGAUGCGAGAACGCGGAGAAAGUGGGCAGGCCAAAUCUGACCCUAAGGGUCCGAGUGCCCAGGCCCUGAACCUACUAAAGUCAGCGACGUUACUCGGGAUGUUGCCGCCUGCGAGCAAGCGGGGCCGGCGCGCGCGGCGGUUCGAGCUGACGAAUGGACAGGCGGGGGGCGGGAUGAACUGGAUGGGGUCGCUAGUAUGGUCGAUGGUGUUCAUCAAAGACUCGAAUGCGCUCGCCGGCAACUUCUUCUCGAGCCCCUCCACCUCGAACCCCGGGUCGACGCCGUCGAUGGCUGCGGCCUCGGAGACGCCGGUCGGGCCGUUGAGGAUCAGGCUCUUCGGCGUCAAGAUCGUCCCCAGACGGUCCUCCUCCGGCUUCGUCCUCGGCCUCUUUAAGCCCUUCGCUGCCGCCUCUUCGUCGUCCUCUGCUGCCCCUUCGCAGCUUCCUACCUCGCGUAGCGGCAGCAUCCUCGAGCUCUCCAAACAACGCACUCCCUCGCGUGAUCGUCAUCUCUCUAAUUAA